UAACAAGACCUGAAUAUGCUGUGCGCUUCCCCACGUGUGCCUGUUUGGGGCAACUUGGUUAAUAUGAGGUCCAUCCAGGAGAACGGGGAACUCAGGAUUGAGAGCAAGAUUGAAGAGAUUGUUGAACCGCUCAGAGAGAAGAUCAGAGACUUGGAAAAAAGCUUCACCCAGAAAUACCCGCCAGUCAAGUUUUUAUCAGAAAAGGACCGCAAAAGAAUUUUGAUCACCGGGGGCGCAGGCUUCGUGGGCUCCCACCUCGCGGACAAGCUGAUGAUGGACGGCCACGAGGUGACCGUGGUGGACAACUUCUUCACGGGCAGAAAGAGGAACGUGGAGCACUGGAUUGGCCACGAGAACUUUGAGCUCAUCAACCACGACGUGGUGGAGCCACUGUACAUUGAGGUGGACCAGAUAUACCACCUGGCGUCCCCGGCCUCGCCCCCGAACUACAUGUACAACCCCAUCAAGACGCUGAAGACCAACACCAUCGGGACCCUGAACAUGCUGGGGCUGGCGAAACGAGUCGGUGCGCGGCUGCUCCUGGCCUCCACCUCGGAGGUGUACGGAGAUCCGGAGGUGCACCCCCAGAGCGAGGACUACUGGGGCCACGUGAACCCAAUAGGGCCCCGCGCCUGCUAUGACGAGGGCAAGCGGGUGGCGGAGACCAUGUGCUACGCCUACAUGAAGCAGGAGGGCGUGGAGGUGCGCGUGGCCCGGAUCUUCAACACCUUCGGGCCCCGCAUGCACAUGAACGACGGGCGGGUCGUCAGCAACUUCAUCCUGCAGGCACUGCAGGGGGAGCCACUCACGGUAUACGGAUCCGGGUCGCAGACGCGGGCCUUCCAAUACGUCAGUGACCUGGUGAACGGCCUGGUGGCCCUCAUGAACAGCAAUGUCAGCAGCCCGGUCAACCUGGGGAACCCCGAGGAACACACAAUCCUAGAAUUCGCUCAGUUAAUUAAAAACCUUGUUGGCAGCGGGAGUGAAAUUCAGUUUCUCUCUGAAGCCCAGGAUGACCCCCAGAAAAGGAAACCAGACAUCAAGAAAGCGAAGCUGAUGCUGGGGUGGGAGCCGGUGGUCCCACUGGAAGAGGGGCUCAACAAGGCGAUUCACUACUUCCGGAAGGAGCUGGAGUACCAGGCGAACAACCAGUACAUCCCCAAGCCGAAGCCCGCGCGGAUCAAGAAGGGGCGGAUGCGCCACAGCUGAGGGCCCCUCAGGACGGGCGCCUGGGCCGCACCUGAGUGGGUGUAAUUUUUUUUCUUUUUUCUCUUUAAAGAAAGACUUAAACAGGUGUCGUGAAGAACAAACUGGAAUUCAUCCUGAAGCUUGCUUUUUACGAAAUGGAUGUGCCUAAAGACUCCCGUCAAGAACUGCAGAUUCUGCCUUGCACUUUUUAAAUCUGUCUUUUUACGUAAAAUAGCGUCAGUGCACCUGUGCGUGUUUUCCAGGUUUUUAUCUCGCUGUGAGAGCCCAUGUCGGGACUGUCGCCGACAGUUUUAUUUACUGGUUUCUUUGUGAAGCUGAAGAAAAGAACAUUAAAUGGGGUGAAAAAUGCCGAUUUAUUUAUGAAGUGGGUACUUACAAAUGAGACGUUAUACUAUGCAUAAAGGGGGGCAAGCAGACCCCGCAGUGUUGGCCGGUAGGUGGUAAUUACCAAGUUUAUUCUCAGGCAGAUUAAAGAAUUCUGUUUGAGAGCUUUGUUUCUUCUAAUUCAGAAUUUUUCCAAGGUCUAGUUUUUAGUUGCAAACUUGACUUUGAAAUAUUUCUGUUGGUUAUCACGGUCGAUCCAGGAUAUUUGAAAUCACUACUGUGUUGUGCUGCAUAUCGGGGGGGUGGGAGGGCAAAGUUAACAUAUUCUUGGUUAACAGUGGUUAAAAAUGCUAUUUUAAUAAAAUAUUGAAACUCA